GCUGAAGGCGCGUUUUCGUAUUAAACGUUACACACUGUUAGGCGUUUUGAGCCUCCUGGGUUGUCAAGCUUUGCUACAGACUAUGUGCCUAAUAAGUCAUCAGUUUAAUCGUCCGAUGGUAUUUUUUCCAGAUCCUUUGACGACUGGAUGUUUUAAGUUACAUAUGCUCAUCACCUUGGAAAGCAUAUGGUUCAUCCGAUCAGUUAUGAAUUUGAAGAUCAAACAGAUAGACCAAUAUGCCAGCGAUGUUCAAAGUCAUUUAAGUCCCACCUUACACUGAAGCAUCAUACUGAAGGAUUCCAUGUGGGGGCUUGUCUUGUGACGCAGUUGGGUGCUUUCCUCAAUGUGUGUCCUAUCCACUUCCAGCGCUUCUUCCUGAUUUCUUCCUCCACUGGGAUCUGGUUUGUUCUCUCCCACAUCUGUUCUAAUCGUAAUUCGGAGCCAAGAUUCUGCUGUGAGUACACCCGUCACAUCUAUUACACUCAUUCACAACGUACAUUUCUGUGUAAAGAAAAAAGUUGUGGUAGAGCAUUCUUAUCAAACUCGCAUCUUAUAGCUCACAUGACAACACAUACGUCUGAUAGACCAUAUUCCUGUCCAGUACAAGGAUGUUCGUACCAAGCCCGUACAGUCGGUCGACUUGCACAACACAAAAUUAUUCACGGUCAAGGUCGUCGUUUUUCUUGUGAUUAUUGUGAAUACAGCGCUACCACAUCUUCUAAUCUUCGUCGUCAUGCUCGUAUACACGCUGGGGCCAGGCCAUACUUAUGCCCUCAUUGUCCUCACCGUACUAGCGAACUAGAUGCUUUAAAAAAACAUGUUCUAGACUCUGGUAGGCAUCCGGGUCUACCACUUUAUGUGUGUCCGUGGUGUCGAUCGGAGUCCAGCACAGUCUGCGUUGGUUUUAAUGCUUCAAGUCUCGCAUGGCGACAUCUGCUCAGCGAGCAUUCAAGUGAGAUUAUGAAACCAGAAACACUGAGUCGAAUCGGUCGAGUAUCUGAAAAAUCGCUUUCAGAGCGUGAUGUCACUCGUCUUUUGGGUAUAUAUUGUCCGGAAAUCGACUCAACCCAACCACCAGAGAACACUGCUGUUAGGCAGCCAUCUGUUGCUAGCCGCCGUAAAAACCAAAAGGUAGAAACUCUUGGUAGACCCUAUUUUUCUGGAGAAAAUGAAUUAACGAUUAUAGAAACCAAAGAGUCAAAUUCAUCAGGAAAUAUAAAUCCCGUUGAGGAGGAUAAGAUUAGAUCUUCCCCGAUCCCUAUAAACUAUCAGAAAAACGACGCUAAUGAUGAUCUAUCUUUUUACAAUCUUAUCCAAAUUGGUUCAGGGGCGAUUUGGUCACGUAAUACGGCACAGUAUACUGUAAAUAAUUUAUGAUAUGGACUUUAAAUGAAUCUCACGAUUAUUUUAAAAAUUUUCUCAAUGAACCAGAGUUUGCGUAUUAUCAA